AUGGGCGCCGCCAGCAGCUCCGAGCUGCCCAUGAGCGAAAUCGACUUUGACUCGUACACGGGCAAGCGCUACACCGUCGAAGUGCCACAUACUCGCGACGACAGCCACGGCCCCGUCUACGAAUCGCCCGACCAAGAGCCGCUCCUUGAAGCCGAGAUGACGCUCUACCACAUUUUCCAGCACGGCUGCACCAUUGAAGACGGCACGCGGCGCUUGUACGGCCAGCGGGGCGUCGAUCCUCAGACAGGACGCGCAGGGGCGUUCGAGUGGACCACGUACAAUCAGGUCCAAUCGCGUGUGGCCCACAUUGCAACCGGCCUCGCCGCCGUCGGUGCCCUCACGCGACAAGCAAAGGUCGGCAUCUUCGGUAGGAAUCAGCUCGAGUGGUGUCUCGCGGCCCACGCGUGCGACUCCAGGAGCUACGUCCUCGUGCCGCUGUACGACACGCUCGGACCGGAUGCAGUGCCGUUCAUUGUGAACCACACGGAGCUCCGGGUGCUGUUCUGCGGCGUGAAGCAGUUCCCUGUGGUCAUGGACUGUGCCGGUCGUUGUCCCUCACUGGCGCUCGUCGUGCAGUUCGAACCCGUGACGUGGCAACAGGUGCAAGAAGCAAAGGCCAAGAACAUUGAGCUCCGGAGUCUCGACGAGCUCGAGCUACUGGGCAAAGCGGCGCCGCAGCCAGCAGAUCCGCCACUGCCGACGGACGUGUCGACACUCUGCUACACUUCUGGCACGACAGGCGACCCCAAGGGCGUGAUCCUGUUGCACCGGAACUUUGCCUACGUGGUGCGGCAAUUGUGUCGCCGGAAUCCCGUGUUCCCCUCGGACGUGCACUGCUCGUACCUGCCGCUGGCACACGUGUUUGAGCGCGCCGUGCUGGGUGUGUUGCAGCACGCUGGGGCGUCUGCAGGGUUCUACCAGGGCGAUUUGUUGACGUUGAUGGACGACAUCGCAGAGCUCAAACCCACGGUCUUUGUAUCGGUGCCGAGGCUGUUCAACCGCGUGCAUGACAAGAUCAUGCAAGGCGUCGCUGCUGCCGGGGGGCUGAAAAAGUGGAUGUUUGAGUCUGCUCUCGCUAGCAAGCUGACGGGUGUUUCGGACGGCCACAAGACGCACGCAUUGUGGGAUGCCUUGGUGUUCUCCAAAGUCCGUCUGGCUCUAGGAGGUCGCGUGCGUCUCGUGUUUUCUGGGUCAGCGCCUUUGAGCGCCGAUGUCAAGGCGUUUAUGAAAGUGGUUUUUUGCUGCGACGUCUUGGAGGGCUAUGGACUCAGCGAGACGGCUGCUGCAGUGUCUUCGGGGUCACUCGAUAUGCCUGUGGGAGCUCAUGUUGGCACGCCGCUUAUGUACGGCCAGGUCCAGCUCGAAGAUGUGCCGGAAAUGGGCUAUACGAGUCGUGACAAACCUCGUCCGCGCGGAGAGAUUUGCGUGAAAGGCCCGAUGCUGUUUGCUGGAUACUACAGAGAUCCAGAGAAGACUCGUGAGGCGAUUGAUGAGCGUGGAUGGUUCCACACGGGCGACAUUGGCUGCUGGAACGCCGACGGCACACUCAGCAUCAUUGACCGGAAGAAGAAUAUCUUCAAGCUGGCGCAGGGCGAGUACGUGGCCGUGGAGAAGAUCGAGAACAUUUACGCCAAGAGCAAAUACGUGGCGCAGCUGUUUGCGUACGGUGAUUCGCUGCAGAGCUGUCUCGUGGGCGUACUUGUGCCUGACCCGGAAGUUGCCGAGGCGUGGGCUCAAGAGCGCGGUUUGACUGGGCCGGAUGCGACGUUGUCAAAGGUGGCGACAAACUCGGAGUUCCAAAAGAUGGUGCUAGCAGACAUGGCUCGGGUGGCAAAGGAAGCACAGCUGCGAGGUUUCGAGCUUGUCAAGGCGUUGCACUUCCACCCGGACCCAUUUUCGCUGGAACAGGGUCUGAUCACGCCCACUUUCAAGCUGAAACGUCCUCAACUCAAAGCUUACUUCCAGGAGCAACUCGACAAGCUGUACGAGGGACUGGAGUAG